CUCUUCUACUGCAUUCUAGGGUUUUAGCUUAGCUUUCUUGCCGGCAAAUUCCUCAGUUGUGCAGCUCCACAGUCGACAAUGGUGAAGGGACGCCAAGGAGAGCGUGUAAGGCUCUAUGUUAGAGGUACCGUUCUUGGAUACAAAAGGUCGAAGUCGAAUCAAUAUCCAAGCACGUCAUUGAUUCAGAUCGAGGGAGUGAACACUAAAGAAGAAGUGGAUUGGUACUUAGGAAAGCGUAUGGCUUAUAUUUACAAGGCCAAAACUAAGAAGAAUAAUUCACAUUAUCGUUGUAUUUGGGGUAAAGUUUGUAGGCCACAUGGUAACAGUGGUGUCGUUAGAGCUAAAUUCAAGUCCAAUCUGCCACCUAAAUCCAUGGGAUCUAAGGUUAGAGUUUUCAUGUACCCAAGCAACAUAUAAGCACGAUAUUGUGUUGGUGCUUGCUUGGGAGGCCUUACGUCCAUCUGAUCAAGGUCAUUUAGUGAUCAAGGAUUUGAAUCUUUUUUAAGUAGUUGGACAUAAAUUGUUAAGUUUAUCGUUUCCUGAGAAAUUCCAAGAAGUGAACAUCUGAGUAGAUGUUGUCUAAUUUUGUUCUUGGAGUUUCUAUGUACGACUAUUUGGUAUUGGUUGUCCUAAAAAUCUUGAUAUUUCCAACAUGUGUUAGUGUUUGCUUUUCCCAAAUGAAUGCUUUCCCUGGUUUUAAUGUUGAGAUGAGUUUGAUGUUGAAUUAA